CCUCGCAAGGCUGGCCAGAGACGCGAGAAGACGUCGUACAGUGCAAAACCCACCGGGCAUUAAUCAUCGUGCGGAAAACUAGACCCGGCUGCUGUAGGGCCCAAGUGCCAGGAUGAAUGCCUCCGAUCAUGGGUUCAAUCCAGCGUUUAACAUGGCCACCAUACGACAAGCCAUCAACGAAACGAUAGAACGAGUACGGAUCCCAACGCCAACCCGCCUGCGAGAUCUUAUCCGACAGAUCCGUGCCGCCCGGACGGCGGCCGAAGAGCGUGCCGUGGUGAACCGCGAGUGCGCCUACAUCCGUAGCACAUUCCGGGAGGAGGAUUCGGUGUGGCGAUGUCGCAACAUUGCCAAGCUGCUGUACAUACACAUGCUCGGCUAUCCGGCUCAUUUCGGGCAGCUCGAGUGCCUCAAGCUGACGGCCAGCCCGCGCUUCACCGACAAGCGUAUCGGCUAUCUCGGUGCGAUGCUGCUGCUGGACGAACGACAGGACGUACAUCUGCUGAUUACCAACUGUCUCAAGAAUGACCUCAACAGUCCGACACAGUUCGUCGUGGGGCUGGCACUCUGUACGCUCGGUGCGAUCGCUUCGCCGGAAAUGGCCCGAGACUUGGCGGGCGAGGUGGAAAAGCUAAUGCGCUCGCCGAACGCAUACAUCCGGAAAAAGGCUGCCCUGUGUGCGUUCCGGAUCAUCAAGCGGGUGCCGGAGCUGAUGGAAAUAUUCCUUCCGGCCACACGGUCGUUGCUGAACGAGAAAAAUCACGGUAUUCUCAUCGCGGGCGUUACCCUCAUCACGGAGAUGUGCGAAAAAAGUUCCGAUACCUUGAACCACUUCAAAAAGAUUGUGCCAAAUCUGGUACGAAUCCUGAAAAAUCUGAUCCUGGCCGGAUACUCACCGGAGCAUGACGUGAGCGGCGUUAGUGAUCCAUUCCUGCAGGUAAAAAUUCUUCGUUUGUUAAGAAUUCUUGGUCACAACGAUCCGGAUGCAUCGGAGGCAAUGAACGAUAUCCUGGCACAGGUGGCAACAAACACGGAGACGAGUAAAAACGUUGGCAACACCAUCCUUUACGAGACGGUGCUUUCCAUUAUGGAUAUCAAAUCCGAAGGUGGCCUUCGUGUGCUGGCCGUCAACAUUCUCGGCCGGUUCUUGCUAAACAGCGACAAAAACAUCCGUUACGUUGCACUCAACACACUUCUGCGGACAGUUCAUGCUGAUAUCUCGGCCGUCCAGCGCCACCGUAGCACGAUACUGGAGUGUCUCAAGGAUCCGGACGUUUCGAUUAGGAGGCGCGCGAUGGAACUAUCGUUUGCACUAAUCAAUUCACAGAACAUACGGGCAAUGUCGAAGGAGUUGCUCGUGUUCCUAGAGAAAGCGGAUCCAGAGUUUAAGGCACAGUGCAGCAGCCGUAUGGUGCAUGUGGCGGAACGGUAUGCAACCUCGAUUCGCUGGCGGUUGGAUACGCUACUAAGCGUACUGAUAGCGGCUGGUAACUACGUGCGGGAUGAUGUGGUAUCGUCAACGAUCCACCUAAUUCUCAACAGUCCACCAGAAGAGCAAGCAUACAUCGGACUGCGACUAUGGAGCUCGGUACAUAAUGUGGCCAACUCGGAAGAGAAACAACCACUGCUACAGGUGGCUGUAUGGACGAUCGGAGAGUACGGCGAUCUGUUGCUCAGCUCUGAACGAAUCGAAGAUGUUGAAAUUCCUGCAGAACAUCAGCUGGUCGACAUCUAUCAGCGGUUGCUCUGGUCUACCUCGGUUUCGACGACGACGAAACAGUACGCGCUGGUAUCGCUGGCGAAGCUCAGCACUCGUAUCCGAUCGAAGGAAGAGGAAACGCGUGUGAAACAAAUGAUUGAAGCGUUCGGAUCCCAUCUGAACAUCGAUCUGCAGCAGCGAGGCGUCGAAUUUGCUCAGCUUUUCCGCGAUUACAGCCAUCUACGACCGGCAUUGCUGGAAAAAAUGCCCAAAAUCCAGAAAACGCUUCCAAACGGUACCGAUGUGGACGGUGGGGGUGCAUUUGACGAUCAGCAGCAGCCCAGUAUCGAUCUCAUCGAGGGUGGUGAUGAUGGUGAUUCAUCGCUGAUGAUUAACACGUCCGGCGGCAGUAUGGUUGGAAAGAUUGGAUCGGAUUCGCGAGCACUACUUGAUCUACUCGGCGGUGGAGACGAUCCGAUCGAUGGGCUUGGACUAGUCCCAACUGCUGAUGUGCUGAUUUCUGGCAGCACAACCACCACCAAUGGUAAACCGGUUGUGCCUACUACCACUACCGGCAACAAUCAAGAUCUGCUAGAUCUGCUCGGUAGUCUCGAUAUGCCGGCAAGCACACCACCGGCCGCUGUAAAUUCGUCGCUUGGUGCAACCACUCCGCUCGGCGGUAUCGGUCUCGAUCUGAACAGUCUGAAUGACAAUAGCAUUAAAAAUGGUACCAGCGGACCACCACCACCACCACCGAACCUGUUGGCAAACUCUUCCUCCUUCGGUGGGCUCGAUAAUCUGCUAAAUUCCAAUCUCUCACCGACAAUGCCACCAGUUCUGCCCGGUUUGGGAUCCCCGUUGGCCGGGCUAGGUAGCCUUACCAGUCCUACGUCGCCUACCGCGCUUGUUAGCAACAGCACCACAAAUGGCAGUCUGUUCAGUGACUUCUCGGCAGCCGUGAUUAACAAUAAUGAUGAACAUGCCAAGCUACUGACGGCGCUGGAUAAGAAUGGAAUCCUUGUACAGCUGUCCGCGAAGCAUACUGGCGGUGCAUUACAGAUCCUCAUGACGGCGACCAACAAUUCACUCACCACCCUCGAACAGUAUCUAUUCCAGGCGGCCGUACCGAGAAGUUUCUCUUUGCAGAUGCUUUCCCCAUCAGGUUCCACGUUACCGCCCGGUGGAACGAUAACGCAAGAAAUGCGCGUUACAAGCACAGCUAAGGCUACGCUUCGGAUGCGCCUACGAAUAUCGUACCAAUCGGACGGCAAUCCGGUACAGGAGCAAACCGAAGUAUCCGGCUUUCCGGAGGAGCCUACCGAAUGAGACCUAAAUGCGAACCGGCCGACGGCAUCCUUCAA